AUGAAGCUGCUGCGGCUGCUGUGCCGCCACAAGACGGCCCUGGGCCUGGGCGGCCUGUCUCUCUUCGGCGUGGUGCUGCUGUACUUGGCCAAGUGCACCUCGGAAGGCCUCAAGCCCUCGCAGGGUUGGGGGCUGCCACAUCAGCAGCCGGCCCCCGCUCGGUCGGGGAGCGUGAGUGGGCCUCAUCCCCCCGCCGCCGCCGCCGCCCCGCCGCCGCCCCCUGAGGAGACCGCCUUCCUGGCUGUGCUGGUGGCCAGUGGCCCCAAGUAUACCGAGCGGCGUAGCAUCAUCCGCAGCACGUGGCUCUCGGCGGCCGGCCGGGUCCCCGGCGGCGACGUCUGGUGCCGUUUCGUGGUGGGCACCGGUGGCCUGAGCGGGGAGGAGCUCCACACCUUGGAACUGGAGCAAAGCCGCCAUCGUGACCUGUUGCUCCUUCCCGACCUUCGAGACUCCUACGAGAACUUGACCGCCAAGGUCUUGGCCAUGUACGCCUGGCUCGACGGACAUCUGGACUUCCGCUUCGUCCUCAAGGCGGACGACGACACGUUCGUGCGCCUGGAUAUCCUUGUGGAAGAACUGAGGGCCAAGGAGCCGCGGCGUCUCUACUGGGGCUUCUUCUCUGGCCGCGGGCGCGUGAAAUCGGGCGGCAAAUGGAAAGAGAACGCGUGGCUCCUUUGUGACUAUUACUUGCCUUAUGCCCUCGGGGGCGGCUACGUGAUCUCGGCUGACCUGGUGCACUAUUUGCGCCUCAGCCAAGACUAUCUCAAUGUCUGGCAGAGCGAAGACGUCUCCUUGGGCGCCUGGCUCGCUCCAGUGGAUGUGAAGAGGGUCCACGACCCUCGUUUUGACACGGAGUAUAAAUCGCGAGGUUGCAACAAUAAGUACAUUGUGACUCACAAACAGAGCAUUGAGGACAUGUUGGAGAAACAUCAGACUCUGGCCAAAGAAGGGAAGCUUUGUAAAGAGGAGGUUAAGCUCAGACUGUCUUACGUGUACGACUGGAGCGUGCCUCCCUCGCAGUGCUGUCAGAGGAAGGAUGGUAUACCUUGAAGGCUGCAUGAACGAGAGGGGAAGGGAACACGAAAGGUGUGGGGGGGAGGCUAAAUGGAGACGGAUAUGUGUCACAUUGAAAAGCCUCCCCCUGCAACCAGAGCUUUUACAUUAUUCCGAGAUUUCACACGAUAUGUCAGGCCAUAUUGCAUAAACCUUACGUUUCAGUGUCGCAUAUUUUUGUCUCAAGCUGCAAAAGCUACAGAAGCGCAUGGAGCAAGCAAUGUGUCUCUC